CAGAAGGUGAAAAUACUUGUUCACCUUUUGGAUUCAGACCUCAACUACUUCGAUUUGCUGUAGAAGAUGAAUGUUUUGAGGAUGGGACAUACACAGGCACAUGUACCUACAGGAGGUCGUGACGGCUAUUGCAGAUGAUGAACAUCCUCCGACUAUCUCUGAGUUCAGAUGUCACAUUGCGGGAUGCAGGCAGUUAUUUGACACGUUGGAAGGGUAUGAACACCACUACAAUUCAUUACAUCGAAAUGUGUGUUCCAACUGCAAGCGCUCAUUUCCAUCAAACCGACUGCUGGAGAUGCACAUCUUAGAGUGGCACGACUCCCUCUUCCAGAUCAUGGCGGAGAAACAAUGCAUGUAUGAGUACUUGGUGGAAGGAUGUGGACUGAAAUUCAAAACAAGCAAAGAGAGGAAAGAUCAUCUUAUCAGAACACAUAGCUAUCCAGCAGAUUUCAGAUUUGACAAAGCAAAAAUUAGCGGAAGAAAGCAAGAAAAAAAGACCCAAAAGCAGAAGGAUGCACAUAUGGAGGUUUCUGAAACAACAACUAUUCAACAAGAAAGUGAGUCGAUGGACUUCUCUUUGACCCCAGAGCCAGAGAGCACAAACACUGUAGAAACCGAACCAAUGCAGACAGCUAAUCUAAAGACACGAUAUUCAUACAAAGUUCCAUCAUCCAUUUGCUUCGGUCAAGGCUCGGUCAGAGGCUUCAGAGGAAGAAGGAAGAAGUAGGCCAAAGUUUUUAUCCAGUGCAAACAAUUUAUCACGUUAGCUUGGUAAAGCAUUUUUCUCCAGAGCAGUAUUUUUGUAAUAAAGUAAUAAAACUUGUGAAAGCAAUCUUUAAAAAGAUGUCUUCUCUCUAAGUAUGGGUGAGAUUAAUAAUCUUUGAUGUAAAACUUUGCACUUGGUUGUGGCAAGAA